GACACCACCAAGAAAUCAUAAUCCUAUCAGGAAUACACAUAUACCAGCAGCAAUGUUCAAGCCAACACAGGUCUGUGAGGGCACUCGCCGUCUUGCCAUGACUACCAAGCAGGGUCGCAACUAUUACAAGGGAACACGCACCGGUGCCAUGGGUAGACAUACCAAGCACGGAAACUACAUCAUCGACUACCGCAAGGUCCGCACCUAUGUUGUUCCCGCCGGCCUUGCCGACACCCGCUUGACUCCCUUUAUUGGAACUCACAUCCCUCCAAUAAAGUCAAGGUUCGGGGGAUACAAGGAUGGAUUCCGUGGACAGUACUACUUGGAUAGAUGGAAGGCUGAGAAUGCCUUUGAGGAGGGUCCGGCUGCGGCCGCGGCUAGGGCCUAGGUGAAGAAAGUUCAGCAGGGGGAAGAUGAAGCGAAGAAAAAUUCUGGGAUGGUGAGGUACGGUGAAAGAUACAACGGGAUUUGAUGAGAUCAGGAAUCGAGCGGGGCAGGAACUCCUAGCUUGUGGUGAUAUCAUACACUUUCAUUCAGCUGACGUACAGAAGUCCUCGCGUACCCUAAUAUCUUGACACAUCGCCACA